CUCCCCGCAUCGGCGGCGGCGGCAGCAGCGGCAGCUCGGUUACGCGCGCGCCGCCGUCGGAGCCCGAGCCGAGGUUUUCGCUCCCGCACACGGCGGCAGUCGGCGCUGGCGCGGUGCGCACACCGUGUGUAGCUAGCCGUCGCUGGUGGGCCCGUGUCCGCACCCGUCGCGCUCUCGCGUCGUCCGCCACCGGUGAACUCGAGCCGCCGAACGCUCGCCAUCAGAUAUCGGGACACGAGCUCGGCAGACCACAUCUCGAGCGCAGCGGCCGGCGCUUCUGUGUCUGGUCGGGCGAUGCGGCCCUGCCGCAGCGACCGGAGGUGAAACAGCCCCCGCGGGAAGGAGAAGCCGACGAACAGGCAGGCCCCGUGAUACCGCGGCGGCGGUAGGUCGUCCGUGACCGUCGAGGCCCGACCUUUUCCCCGCCUUCGAGCGCGAAGCCGGCCAUGGGCAAGAAGAACAGCAAGCUCAAAGGGGAAGUCGUCGCCCGGCUUGCCAAGGAGACCUACUUUACAGAAAAAGAAGUUCGACAAUGGUACAAAGGCUUUCUAAAGGACUGCCCGAAUGGAUUACUCACAGAACAAGGUUUCCUGAGAAUAUACAAGCAGUUCUUUCCCCGGGGAGACCCCUCCAAGUUCGCAUCACUCGUGUUCAGGGUAUUUGACGAAAACAAGGACGGCUCCAUAGAGUUCGAGGAGUUCAUCCGAGCGUUGUCGGUAACGUCAAGAGGAAACGUCGAAGAAAAGUUAUUAUGGGCGUUCAAACUGUAUGACGUCGACAAUGACGGCUUCAUUACACGAGAGGAGAUGUACAACAUUGUAGAUGCUAUAUACGAAAUGCUGGGUAGCCAAGAAAAAGAAGACGAGGAAGAUGACCCAAGGGCCAGAGUGGACCGCAUUUUCGAACAACUGGAUAAGAACCAGGACAACAAGCUGUCUUUAGAAGAGUUCAAAGAAGGCUCAAAACACGACCCGAAGAUCGUCCAAGCUUUGUCCCUGUACGCACCAUAGUAGACGCUUCCCCUCCACGCCUUUCCUGCCCCCCUCCACCCACGACCCCCGUCUUACCCGCCCGGGCGAGCCGCCCGAAGCCUGUGCGAGGCUCCGCGGAGCCCGCACUCGAAGCCGGCAUGUUUUUUUUUUCUUUUUUUCUGCGGACAAGAAUGAUCCAUCGGGACAGGCAAGAGGGGGUCUUCCUUCCGCUCCCUUUCUCGAGCACAUGCGCUUUCCACGGCUCACCGCCGCCUCCUCCGCUCCCUCUCCUGUUCACGCCAAUCAUUUCAAGCCACUGUGUUGCUCUCUCUACCGUUCAUGUCUCUGGCGGAGCGAAGAGGCUGCCAUCGGCGGGUUUCUUAUAAGCCGUCGCCUAUCGAUUUCACUUUGUGUGUCUCAUGCGCCGGUGAAACGCACACAAUUUUGUGGUGCAUGCACAUAACACGCGACAAGCCUAACUUCUUUCUCUCUCUCUUCCACAACGUAUCUGGGGAAGGGCAAAUUUCUGUUAAUAUAAUUGGCAUUCUCUCCUGGUGCGCGCACGUAAGUCGCAUCGUUUUGACGUGGAAAGGCGCUGCCUCUGCAUGCAUCGUACAUACAUAAAAUCUGGGGUGUCGCCUAGACAUGUUCGGCGGCGAUGUCACGGAGCCUGCAUGUUUCGUGCUGCACACCGAGCGAAAUUCCUGGGGCCUUGUAGAACGCAGGUAUAAAAGAAAUCAACGUGCUAGGAUUGCCGUGUAUUAUAUCGUAACGCGACGAGAUGACAGCGAAGAAGAAGAAAAAAAUGACCUACGCGUCAUCGUUUCUUUUCCAUUACAUAUCUCGCGAUGCACUUACAAUUAUUUGCUUGGUCCCUCACUGAUUUAUUUUUUCACUCUGCUCUCAUGACUGAAUCGGUGCGAGGUUACGAAUCGCUUCUCAAUAAGUCUUUACUUUUUUUGCCUCAUCGCAAGACACAUGACAAGCUUUCUUUUCCUCGUAUCCGUCGAUCAGUCGUUCCUUUUUAAUCAAAGCAGCGAAGCGGACGUUUAACUGGUGUAAGCUUUCUCGCGAUCAGAAAAAAGAAAGGUAAAGAAAAGGAAACUUUCUAAAAGUACGUCAGCAGGACUCCUUUCUUUUUUUCUCUCUAUUUCGGUGUUCACUUUAUCAUAAAACCAACCCAUCAAAAACAGAAUAAUGCGGACUUUUAGCAUUGCUUAAAAAAGAAAAAAAAGAAAAAAAAAGAAAUCAAGAACGGCCGGCGGAAUUGUUGCGCGCUCUCUCUGUCCCUAUGCUUUUCCUUUCACCUGCCAAGAAAUUAUACGACCCAAACUACACCCUCGAAACAAGUUAAAAGCGUUAAGGCCAAUCUCGCACUUUUGUCGAUAAGUAACAAAGCAUUCGAUCUAGUUUUCUUGUUCCUCCUUUUUCAACACGUAAUUACACUUUUUUUUUCUUUUCUGUGCAUUGUGUUGGUGCGGCUCACCUAAACACGUUCAUGCACGCCUGUGAGGGCUCGAGAGAGCGUUGUGAGCAGAUAGCGAAUUGCAUACGCACUGAACGAGCCUUUCCGUUCCUAAAAUUGGUUUGCGACUGCCAGGCACUCGCGUAACUCCCAAUUGAUUGAACUGCGUUGGAAAGAGCCGUUCUUGUACACAAAAGGCUUUGUUAUUCUGGACCUUGUUUUGCGCAAUAUGUUGUUGCUCUCAGAUUAGUCCAGUUGGUUUAAAGAUUAUAAUUUCAUGCAGACGUUACUGACACACAGAAAAUUGGCCAGAUCUCAACGCGUUCCGUAAUUGUACAAUCUAACCCUUGUUAUUAUGUAAUGAUCCUCUCACACGCUCAGCAAUACUUCGUUUUCGUCCCCCCACCCCCUCUUUUUUUAUUAUCACCUUAAACUUCAAUGUCGAAAGCUGUCGUUUCGUACACUGUUUUCAUACUAUGAGAAGAUGGUGGAUGCUUUUCAAUAGCUACGUGAAGGAGCUGAACGCCCGGCUGGGUAUUAUGUACACCGUCAACACGGACGCCUACGAUAUGACAAACGCUGUUCAGUUCCUUUGUCCUUGUUAAAUCGUGCUCUCUAUUGUGCAUUGAAAUAUAGCUUCGGCUCAUAAAGAAUAGCUUGCGGAUAGCCAUCUUUUGCGAAUUCAAGGAUCAAAACAGUUAUGCUGUAGGUUGCGUGAAAACCAAUCCGCAACGUCUCCUGGAGCUCCACUACAAUUUAAUGUCGUUCGGCUGUCCACCUCCUCCUCUUGCUUUAUUUUUUUUCCUUUUCUUUCUCCCCUUUUAUUGCGCUGCCGACAUGUGCACCUUUGUUUACGGAUGUUAACGCACAGUUAUCGCUGUCGUGAAACGGACGCAUUCGCAGUAACUGGAGUGAGAACACGUCUGCUCUCACGAUAUCGGAGCAAUGAAUCGAGCGAUCUCUAAACGAAUGCAAAAAAAAAGAAAGGGAUGAGAAUAAGGAUGAUGGCCACAGCCGCGUCCAUUACGCAGCGUUCUCCACUUGGCGACGCCCGACUUGAGGUGGUCGGGAUGCCUCGAUACGAAACAAGCUCCUUGCCCGAUAUACCCGGUCUCCGUGUAAAGCGAGACACGGAAGAUGAAAGUUGCGGAAAAGUGUAAUAUUUACGAAUGACGCGCUCUUGGUCGCGUUGGUGAGUCUUCUUAGUUUGUUAGUCGCAGAAGUUAAAUCGCUGAAGCUAGGUAAACAGCGGUCAUUUCGUAUGUCACCGCAGUGUCGCUUCGCAGCCCUGGUUUUCCCGGGUGUCGUUCACCCGGAAAGCAGCGACGCGGUAUUCGAGAAGACACGUCGUAUCGAGGAGGCCCGAGAUGGACUCGCGCGGGCACGAGUCCACGGAGUCCUCGCAUCCGGUAUUCCCACGAGGCUAGAGCUCCUUGCGAGUCGGCAGCUCUUUUGGUCGUUGUUUUUUUCUCGCUUCGCGCUCGCCCGGCAGUUUGUUUGUUUCUGCGGCCAGGGUUCAUUCUUCUUCUUCCCGAAACGAUCCGCCAGGGAGACCCUGUGGAGAAUUCCGGUGUGCCUCGCGGGCGGCAGGAAAGAGAGAGAAACUGCGCAGCACAAUGUUUUUUCCUCUUUAAUUUUUAUUCUGUUUACACCGCUAUGUAUGGGAACAAAAAGAUAGCAACCAUCUUGAACCCUCAUUGGAGAAUUUCCUUCUUUAUAUACUCCGCUGCUCAGACAAGUUUGCCCCCUUCUUGCUCACUCUGUCUUCUCAAUCUAUUUCUUUUCUUCCUAUCCCAGUUUCGUUGUGCGAAAAAAAAAAAGAACGAAAACUGAUUGGUUCAUUAAGGUGAAUUGAGACUCAAAAGUAGGUUCACGGCGCUCACCGAGCGCGACGUGGAUCAGCGGCACCCAAUCACGCGACGUGGCUGGCACAGACAAGGUGUUCACGGCGCCAGUCUGUUCGAAUGGGCCACGUCACAUUCGAUGCGCGGAAUGAACCGACGAUUCGGUGCGCUGUGUUAAUCUUGUUUUAGUAACUACGUUUUGCGUAGGUUCCCUAUUCGAACGCAGCUUGGUUUUCACUCCUGGGCGCUUACUGUUCGCAAAGUAACGCAGUCCAUUCCCCGGAGUCUGUUCUGCAUACGCGUAUGUAGGCUAGGCCAGCGAUAGCAAGCAAGCGGAAAACAGUCCGGUCGCCGAGAUCCCCGCUUUUUAUUUGACCCGCGAGAUCAGCAAUGAAAGCUUGCUUAAAGAAGGACGCUUACACGAGGAAGCUUGGGCUCUACUCCACCCCCUCCCCCGCCCCUUUUUUUUUUCUUUUUUCUUAGACAGUUCUUUCAAGAAUGAAUUUGCGAAGGCUAACUAUAUUUUCACGAUUGUUUCUCCAGCCGCUGUCGUAAUUCUUCUCGUCGCUGCCUUCAACAAAGCCGGUUCAAUUCUUGCGCAAUGACCUGCCCACCUACGGCCCGAACAUCUGAUGGUAUUGUGUCGCGCGUGUGUCCGUUUAAUUGCACGGCACUAAAUGGGAUACCGCAACGCGCUAAACCCUGAAAGUAGCAAGUUACACCCCCUUUUUAUGAACGCCCCUGACUUUGCGCGAUAAAGGCCUCUCAGCGUGUAUAAAGGUUGUAAUUUUCUAAACCUUCAGGUAGCAGAGGUUCCAGGGUGAGUGUUUAAACCCCGGUGAUUAACCGCAAUGGAAGGACAAUAUUAUACAGCGCAAGUGCGCGUUAGCCAUGGCGCCUGCAGCAGUGCCGCGCAGUCGCAGCUUCAAGUAUAGCACACUGUGAUAAGCGUGUGUAGGCACGCUUAGGUACGUACGGCUUUAGCAAUUUUAACCAAGUGUCGUAACUUGCAUUCGGUGUCAUUAUUUGCUUGUUUCAUUUUUUCUUGAUCUUUCCUUCCUUCUGCAAUAAAAGCGAAGCAUGCUUUCCUAACACGGGAUUCAGGCAUACUAUACACAGGAUGGAGCCGCUCCCUACUUUCUUCUAUUGCCCCGCAUCAAACUAUUGCGAUUUACUCGUUCAAUACGUGUGAUUACUCUGCAAAGUCUAAAUGGUCCAUUCUGAGCUUUCCUUUCACACAUACGGUCAUUUCUAUUUCCUCAUGGACCGACUAAAUUUACUUAUGAGGCGUUCUUGGGGCUAGAUGAAUGUACAAUAUUGUUCUCGCGCAUCAACGAAACCUUCUUCAUUGAAAUUUUGUUUCAUUUUGCACAAAAUUGUUGAAUUAACUUUGGCAGCGCUUAAGCACGCUGUUCUACGCACAUAAAUACAUGUCGAGAACAACAUGAAAGAUAAGAGGAAAGUCAGUUUUUUUUUGCUGCUCUUGUGCAGUUCGUACGGAAAGAUCAUAUUAAGCCAUUGCAACAUUGAUCUUUCUUGUUAUAGGAAUUUAAAGAACGCACUAGACAGUACUUCAGGGUGGCAUCAGUAUGACUGAUGAACAGGGUUUCUAAGCAUUCUGCGUGCUGUGUGGAUCCGGCUUGCACUCGCUCACUGUUCGUUGCUUAUAACCGUUGUCGAGAAAACGCAUAUUCAUGUUUAUAGUAAGAUCUUGAUGAGGGCUAGUUGGUUCAUACUUAGAACUGAGGUGAAACAGCGCGAAAAAGAUUUGUUUCCUUGUGCCCUCGUCUUUUUCGCGCUGUUUCACCUCAGUUCUAUUCAUGUUUAUAGUACGCAUCAAUAUAUUGUUCCGCGUUAUUUCGCAUUUUGUGCGCUUCAUGUAUUCGCAUUUCCUGGCGGUAUGCAACAAACUCGCUGUUGCUUUCCAUUCUGCUACAGGAUAGGAUAGCAGCAGUAAGAAACCCUGCGUUCUCUGGCACAACAUGUAAUCUCUUACAGUUCAAUCCCCGCUCAUACAAUGUUCUUGAAAGUUAUACAAUUACACGAGCAUGAUACAGCAUGGAGAUUUGAAGAUGAGCUUUAACGUGAGCAUAGGAACGUUGUAUCGGUAAGGUUGCUUUUUUCCCCCGGAGUUCGCUACGAAUCAGGGCAGAUAAUUUUAAGGCUAAUUUUAGUUCACCUACAUCCAGUUCAUGGCUCCUCUUCGGAACUAUUGACUAGAUAUGUCUGUUAGCAUAUAAUAUACCGUUCACAUAUGUAUCGUUCUGCGUGUAUUUAUGUAUAAUUGCCCUAUGAGAGCGCGUUCUUUUCUUUAUUGCCCCUUAACAUCUUACAUUUACCUACGUUUGAGACCGGUGAUUACCGUUCCCACAAGCAUUCCACUACUAUUCUAUCGACUUUGAGCAAUCUAUUGCUUUCAUUUACGUGAAAAGAUCGCAGAGAGUGCACCACGACGAAAAAAAAAAAAAGCCAAGCAUGAUCUCAAGGUUGUGGACCAACUUUUACCACAUUCUUUCUUUUUCUGUGACACGCGAUGCGCAACACGAAAACGUAUUAUUUUGAUAAUCCGGGGACUAAGCCUGACGAAGAAGAGGAAGCUGCGUAUUGCGCCGUUGCAGCUUUCGGGCUGCGGCAAGGGGCGAAAACAGCGGCAAGCCUUACGGUAUUCGCGACACCGGGACGUAAUUAAAGCUUCAAGUUUCCGCCGAAAAGUAUUAUUUGGACACGCGAAUUACUCUCAACUCUUUAGUUGUGCUUCACGUGGCUUCGCGUUCAGACACUGCAGUUACGCACCCGAUCACCCCCUGCUCCACUUCUAUCUCCUCUUCCAUCCUCUUUUUAUCGCCAAGGCGCGAAAGCAGGAUGCGCGCACUGUAACAUAUUCAAAAGGCGUACACGAACAGCCCGGUCCUUCACAGCUUACGUCCCAUUCACUUCAGGCCCAAGCUGCGUUUAACAACAGGGGAAACGCUGCAUCACCAUCAACUCCAGCCGCACACAGGCACCACACUCAUAUCGUCCGAAAGCACUUCCUUCGAAGCGCGCGUCGCCUGACACCCGCACGGAGGAAUUGUCGUAAAUGCCACUACUCGAGCCGCCACUGUCUCUACUCGUCACUGCGCUACGAAGAGUAGCUGCCAAACUGUGCCGAAAUCUUUAAAGAAAAAAAAAAAGAGCCAACUGCAGAGUGCGUCAUUUCAGAAAUGUGCGACUCGUUCGAAUUGUCACAUGCUGCAAAUAAUUAGGCGUGAGCACAAAGAUGCCUGUAGCGAAGAAAUGUAAUUACGUUGGUUUUGGGAAUGUAUACGCGCGACGUGAAAACGGAACGCGAAGAUUUUGCGGCCAACCAGCUCAAGAGAAGGAAGAGCUCAGCUUUGUAAUUUCCUUUCUCUCUCUCUUCUUCCCAGUUGUUGGCGUUUGACCACCGACUUCCAAAACCACAGUACGCUUUACGGCUGCUGCCCCCGGGCCGAAUUCUUUGUACGCAUAUCACACAAGCGUCUUCGGCUUUAGUCGCAGCCCGCACAACGGAGAGGCGUAGGCGAUAAAUCUCUUUUUUUUCUUCUUUUUUUUCCACCUCGGACGACUGAAAGAGUCACAAAUCGUCUUCUCUUCUGAUUACCCGCAAGUUCGGUGCAAUGAUUUUUGAUCAAUAUAUACAUAGCCACCGAGAACUCUUGAAGAACUUGAAGAGAGCUGCCAACAGGCGGCGCAGCAUUAUAUCAGUCCCACGCACAUCUCACGUAGGCUGUUGUAAUGCACCAUUUCCGUUUUUAUUUCGCUAUCAGCAGCACUCCCUUGAAGGAAAGCGGCAACUAUCGUGGCAGUUUGAAGUCGGAGGACAUAAAUUUUACAUUGAAACGCUGUAUUCAAUUUAUGAUUUGCAAUUGUCUGGGCGUGACGACAGUGGCAAAUUCACGUUUACCGGGUGACUCGUCUAUCGGCAGGUGACCUAACAUCGAGGUUAUAUUGUCGGUUUAGGCUGCAGACGAUUUGACACCACUUGCUCUCCAAGUAAAAUCCUGUGUCGUCGCGACGCGAGAGCGGGCUGCAAAUGUUGCUAAACUUGCGAAGGAAUGCCACAUAGACGUAGCGCUUGUGUUUCUUGUCGAUUUUCGUGAGCCGCCGACUCUCGUGGUGGUAUUCACGACCCUAAGUAGCCCGAAGAAGCGCUCGGUUGAAGCGCUCGUCCACCGUCGGUCGUAACUGCCGUUGUAAAGGGGGUCUCCGGCCCUGUGCCACGAGGUUGCCUCUCUUCCGAAAGGUGCGCCAAAGUCACCUGCGAGGGGCAUCACGGUGAAGCUCGCCGCUCGUCUGCAGCCAGGCGCGCGCAAGCUUCACGCGUCGUUCGCCUCCUCGGAGAUUGCACCACGAGGCUUGCAAGACUCAUCUCUGGGUUUGUUUUAAGCCAACUUUCGCUCGACAUCUGCCGCUAAUCCCAACGGGCAUCUCGCAUAUGGGCAUCACGAUAAACGCAUAACUAAUCCAACUGAAAGAAAAGAAAGAAAAAAAAAUCGCGCGUUUUCACAUUCCGCGAGGGCUGUUUAUGGGUCUCUGUUCCUCUAUGUUGUCACAAAUCCCCCUUUCCACUUCGGCGGUGGAGAGAGAGAGGCGUAGGAGGAGGCUACACAAAGCAAUGAGGUCGAGCUGUACAUGGUGUUGGAACCUCGCUUUAUCAGUUCUUGCGGUGCCCUCUUUUAUCGCACGCUACGCUUAACUGUACAGUUCUCGCAGAGUUGGUGUGACAGGGUCUCUCAGUAGGUUUCUGGACGACAGCAUAGCGUUCGCUGUACCCUCUUCUCUCAGAACAGCCAGAACCUUGCCACAUCUUUUUUUCCUCCUCGGCAAACACCUGCCGUCAUUAAAUAGACAUUGGAGAGCAACGCCAAAUCAGCUUAAAAUGAUAAAGGAUUCUUUUCCAACUCCGUAUUCGUUAAGUUCGCAGUAAUAGAUUGAUUAUUAAAGAAAAACUAGGACCAAACUUUACCGAAUUUCGCGGCGAAAAAUCAGCGUCGGUGGAAACAGUGGGGAGUCACAGAUAUUGAAGUAUUUGUCCAGGUUUGGGACGUCUUGGCACAUAAAAUUUUUACGAAGCUUGCCAGGUUGAGUGUUUGAUUAUAUUGUAAUGUGAUAUAGUCCUCUUCUAACGAUAAACAAUUACUUAGACACCAACAGACGCCAUGAAAGUUGAUGGCGUCACGGUAAACCGACGCGGGAACAUUAACGUUUCUGACACACUAAGCCCCCCCUCUGGGUAUAAGUGACCGCUUUGAUUUUUCUGAAGGUUAAUUUACUGAUACACCGUAACUUAAUAUUCCUCUUCCAGUUAUGGUCGUCCAGCGCGAAGCAUUAGGUCAGUGGCCUCACGUGAAAGAGCACUGCGCACGCAGCGCUCCAGCGAGAUCACCUAUCGUGACCAGUCUUCUUGUCUUCGUCCUUUCUUCGAAGGCUUAGGUUUCCUAGUUUUUUUGCAGGCAUUCUUCCAUUUAUGGAUUUACUUAUGAAUCAUAUUAACUUCGCGAAUUCGUAUACAAACUUGAAAUUCACCCCUCUGCUUUUUUUUCGGUAGCUUUUCUGACGCUUUUGUCCUGCGAUAAUGUAGCUUGAUUCCUUUUGCACGGCGUCACCACGCUACAUGUGCCGAUCUGACGGCCCAGUGCUGCGUACCCAAUCAGCGAUGCUGUCGCAGUUAGGUGUGGCUCAUCGUACUAAACUAACUUGUUGCCGUAAGGCACCCGAAGAAGCAUAUCAUUUGAGCGUUCGCUUCUUCUUCCUCCUUCUACUACGCUCUCUCUCCCGGUCGUACUCUGCUGUGUUUAGUGCUCUCAUUGUUCUCAUUACCUUGUCUGUUUCUCCCGGAGCGCGCCCUUUAAGUCGCAGCUAUUUGCUGUUCCUGCGUCAUGUGUCAUUUGCCACGUCCCCCCGAUUCGCGGUACCAUUGCAGCCUCCUCAAAAAGACUACUGCUAGUGCUACCACCGCCACCACUACCCGAGUCGGUCGAAGGCUAUGUCAUACGUUAGUUAGAAUGUUGUUUCUUGAAAGGUUGUGGUCCAAUUUUUUCUCUCACGCUGCAGCGCACGGCAUCUGUCUGGUAGGAAGUCGGUAUGCGGAGGCAGUGGGCGGUAUUGCUCCCCCCCCCUUUUUUUUUUAAUUUGUCGUCUGUCCAGAGUUGGACAGACAGGAGGUGCAUAAGCAUUUCUGCUUCAAUAUUUAAUGCAGUCAGAUGCGUACGUCUGUCAGCGGGCUAUAAAUAAUGCGAGUAGGCGAACACAUUCUUUUCCAAGCGUGCAAGAUGAUUGUUUUUCCUUGCGAGCUUCCCUGUUUCUUUUAUUUGUUUGUUUGUUUGUUUGUUUGUUUGUUUGUUUGUUUGUUUACCACAUCGUUACCACUCUGGGACUGUAAGAAAAAGAAACCACUGUUAGCUGUACAAUACCGUCGUGUGUUCGUUGCCGGUUUGGGCUUUGUACCGUGCUUCCUCCAGCCGGAUGCCGUGCGCCGACGAUGUAUCAUUCCAGGCGUGCCGGACGGACAUAGCUGUGCUGCCCAAAGGUGAAGGUUGGCUCGUUUACUGUGGCACUUGCUGCACUGCAGCUGCUGUGAGCCAUUCGUUUUCAUGCCCGGCGGGUAGAAUUGCUGGUGCCAGUCAUUCUAAGCACACGCCUCUCUGUCUCUCGUUUUAUCUCGAGAAAUCGUGUUUUUUGCCAGAUGUUGCGUCCGGACAGCAGAUGCUCGUGAAUAAACCAAUGACGGGCCGAAAGCGAGUCAGCAUUGCAAUUGGCGGCUCAAAGGCGCCCCUCCGCGAAAUGUUCGAAUCGUCGAGGGACGUCGGGACUGCAGUGUGCAUUGUUGUGCCGUAGAAGCUCAGCGUUCUUUAGAGUGCAUUACCGGGAGCUUUCACUUCGACGUGUCGAACACUGUGGCUGCUUUCCUUUUUGUUGUCGUUGUCGUCAUUGUUGUUGUUGCUGUUGGUUUUUAACUACUAAAUUCAUCGCGACGAAUGGGUGACUUGCAAAGAUGCUGCCUAUGCCAAUAACCGCUGAUGCGUGGUGAACGUCGUCUGCAUUCAGGUAUUCGGUGAAUCAGACUUGGAGAAGGCUCGACACUCAAUGGGCAUAUCUUUACCGUUGAUGAUGAUAGCACUUUUUUUGUUUAAGGCGGUGAUUAUAGUAGUAAGGAAAAUGUUUUUUUUUUAACGGUAGAAUUGAUGUUUACAACUGAACAUUCCGACGGAAAAGCGUCUAACUUGUCGGGCAAACUAAUCGAACACAUUAUUAGUGCACCAUUAUCUCCAUUCUGUCUAAAAAAAAAAAGUUUGGCUCCGUCUUGGCGUUUGAACAUAUACGUUAUCGUGCUGCAAUGCUUUCGUUCGGAAAUUGCUACUGUUGUUAAAAAAUAAAUUGCUGUGCGAAAGUUUGGAAGUAAAAUCCCGGUUUCUGGUGGUGUCAAAGCUAGUAUAUGGAGGUGAGCUCUAUAAUUUGGAUGGCCUCCCCAACAAACCCCUUAUCUCUUCGUCGAGAGCUACGCAAGAAGAAAGGAAAAACUGACACCAAAGUCAAAGCGUUCUGCCUACCCAACAAAAGAAUAUAUAUAUCGCUGCUAUAACAAUAAAUGUCAGUCUUAAAGUUGGUGCAGUGCACAAAUCUCGCGUGAUUUUGUUUUUGACGCUGCCGCCUUUUAGAGAACCAGCGACUACGGCGCUACGGUUUCAUUUCCCGACUAAGCGGUAUUAACGUUGUCGGCGUUAUCUGGCGGGAUUGGUGUCAUUUAUUUUUAUUUAUUUUUUAUUUCUAUAGUUGGCGUGUGGUCUUACUACGACGAUAGGCGUGCAUUGACCACAGGGAAACAGACUGAGCGACGAUAUUUUUGACAACAAUCAUUGCUGAAAACUUCUUGAUCCUCAAGCUUGGUAGGAGUGUUGUCGUCGUUUGCUUGCUUUUGUUUUACCUUCUGCGACUGCGUCCCAUUCACGGAAGUUAAGCAGCUACCUUGACGCACACUUGCGUCAAGGUAGCGAUCUUCCACCAAAAGUCACCAGUGCUUAACAGCGCAGCCGACGUAAGGCGUGCUUGCUUUCUCUCUGUAUUCGCCUAUUUUCUAGCGGUAUUGCUCCGAUUGUUAAUUCCAGAAGGUUGAUCUCCGAACUGCGAACUUCAACCAAGAACUAAAACAGCAGCAAUAUCAGCAGCAGCAACAACAACAACAACAACAACAAAAGAAGUGGAAUGUUUCGAUGGAGAGGUUGCAUGGUACGAGUGAGAGCCUUAAAGUGAGCAUCCCAGCACCUGAUGGCAAUAAUGGGCCAUGUCCUGUUCGGCACGCCCGAAAUCUGUGUUUCUCUUGUGAUUAUGGUGAUGACGGUUACAGUGAAGUUUUUGAGAACACAAUCAUUGUUUACGGACUUUCACACAGCCACUGCUGCAUAUUAUAUUGCCCGUUUAUCCUUGCCCCACCUCACAGACCAAACGGCGUUCACACAAUACUUGACGCUAUUUUGAACCUAUUUUGAUGUUGGUUGCUGUAUUCAUGGUAUGUGUUUAUGUGGGUGUGGUUAUCCCCCUCCCAAUGAGAACAUGUGACAGAUUUGAAGCAAUGACGGUGAGGAAAAAAAAGAGGACCGGAGAUAUUUGUAUAUAUAAAGCCUAUUUACACCUAUACAUAAUGUAGGCAGUUAUACACUCAAAACUCUGUAACAAUAACAAAAUCAAAUUCACUGCUUUAAAAAAAGGUGACCGUUUUAAAAGAUGCAUUGUAUAAAUGCGGAAAAAAGGUGGAAAGAAACUCUAUUCGGAGCACUUUCGAUUCCUCCCACGCUGUUCAUACCUAAGGCGCACAUCUAGACAUUGCUGACCGUUUUGUAAAAACAAUUCUUGGAAACGAAAUAAAUGUUACAUGUUUCUCUG